AUGUCAGAACUCGAAAAACAAGUCCCCGACUCAUAUUACAACGACUCGGAGAUUCUUGCUACCAUUGGAUACAAGCCCGAGUUGAAACGCAACUUCUCCACUGUUCAAGUGUUUGGAAUUGCGUUUUCACUCAUGGGCCUGAUCCCCUCCAUAGCCUCAACCAUCUCUUUCUCUCUCCAGGCUGGCCCAUACGGAAUGGUGUGGGGUUGGUUUACCUGUUCGGUAUGCAUCAUGACAGUCGGACUGGCUCUAGCAGAACUCGGCUCCUCUCUACCAACUUCAGGAGGCCUAUACUGGUGGUCGUACUAUUUUGCUCCUGGGAAGGCAAAACGGCCCCUGAGCUUUCUCGCAGGCUACAGCAGCUUCCUGGGCCUCACUGGAGGCCUCAUGUCCAUUGAUUAUGGAUUUGCUCAAAUGCUGGUCAGUAUGAUCAUUGUGGCUACAGACGGCCAGUGGAAUCCAAGUGCCUACGUGCUUUACGGCAUUUUUGCAGCCUGCGUAGUAUCUCAUGCUUGCGUGGGGUCCAUGGGAACCAGACAUAUGGCUAGGCUACAGACCGUGUGUAUCUAUGGUAAUGUCGCUAUCGCUCUAGUUUUAAUCAUAGCACUUCCCAUAGGCGCGCGAAACCAUCUCAACUCCGCUUCUUACAUGUUUGGACAAAUUGAAAACACCACCGACGGAUGGCCCACCGCCUGGGUCUUCUUUCUGGGCUGGCUAGCUCCCUCGUGGACCAUUGGAGGAUUCGACUCGUGUGUUCACAUGUCAGAAGAGGCUUCAAAUGCUACCAAGGCAGUGCCAUUUGGAAUCAUUGCGUCUAUCAGUGUAGGCUGGAUUCUGGGGUUUGUUGUCGUCAUUGUCCUGGUUGCAGUUAUGCCCCACGAUGUCAAGCCUCUUCUUGAGACAGUCUAUCAGCAACCUUUUGCUCAAUUGGUGUAUGAUACUCUGGGAAAGAAAUGGACAAUUGGAGUCAUGACGGCCAUCUUCAUCCUACAAUGGACUAUGGGGUUGUCCAGUGUCACUUCUGCAUCGAGACAAGCCUGGGCUUUUUCAAGAGACGGGGCUCUGCAAUUCUCCGACUUCUUUAAAGUGGUCAACCAAAAGUACUCCAACCCAAUCAGAUGUGUCUGGGGCAGUGCCCUGUUGGCUCUGUGUAUCGGAUGUCUGUGUAUGAUCAACGCGGCGGCUGCUCAGGCGUUGUUUUCGCUGGCAGCAGGAGGAACUUCUUUGGGAUGGCUGAUUCCAAUUUCUCUGAAGUUGCUGUAUGGUAAGAACCGGUUCGUUCCAGGCCCCUUCUAUCUCGGAAGAUUUCCUUCCAAGCUGAUUGGGGGCUUUGCCAGCGUCUUUCUGAUGUUCAGUCUAGUACUGAUCCAGUUCCCACAGACUACUGCCCAUCCUACUAAGGAUACAAUGAAUUACACCUGUGUCAUUGUAGCUGUGGUCUGGGGAGGGUGUUUGAUGUACUAUUAUCUGUUUGCUUACAGAUGGUACACUGGUCCGAAAACGACGCUGGAGGGGGCAGUUGUUGAGUUUGAAGGAGUAGCAGACGAGCACACUGGAAAGUCUCGUACAAGUAGUAGUAGCGAGAAAGGGAUUAGUAUUUAA